AUGAGAAUACUGGGUGGAAAUGACUCCUUGACUGAGUUUAUUCUUGCUGGAUUAAUAGAUCAGCCAGAACUCCAACUACCCCUCUUUUACAUAUGUCUAAUAAUCUAUAUUGUCACCAUAGUGGGUAAUCUAGGCUUGAUCACUUUUAUUGUUCUAAAUGCUCACCUCCACACUCCCAUGUACUAUUUCAUCUUCAACCUCUCCUUUACGGAUCUCUGUUACUCUUCUGUUUUCACUCCCAAAAUGUUGAUGAAUUUCAUCUUAAAGGAUAAUGUCAUUUCCUACAUUGGGUGCAAAUUUCAGCUCUUUUUCUUUCUCUUUUUUGUAACAUCUAAAUGCUACAUGUUGACAUCGAUGGCUUAUGACUGCUAUGUAGCCAUAUGCAGUCCAGUGCUCUAUAAUAUUUCCAUGUCCCCUAAUGUGUGUUCCUACCUUAUCCGUGGUUCCUACCUGGUGGCAUUUUCUGGUUCCAUGGUCAAUUUUGGAUGUGUCCUGAGAUUGACCUUCUGUGAUAAAAACAUCAUCAACCACAAUUUUUGUGAUGUGCAGCCUUUAUUACAGCUGUCCUGCACUAGCACCUAUGUCACUGAGCUGGAGAUUUUCAUUGCAGCAGUCAUCAAUAUCAUUGUGCCUACUUUCACAAUCUUAAUUUCUUAUGCUUUUAUUAUUUCCAGUAUCCUAAACAUGAGCUCUUCUGAGGGCAGGUCAAAAGCCUUCAGCAACUGCAGCUCCCACAUCAUUGCUGUCUCUCUCUUCUUUGGAUCAGGGGAAUUUAUGUGUCUUAAACCCUCAUCAGCUGGGUCCCUGGAUGAGGGGAAAAUCUCCUCUGUGUUUUACACCAUUGUGGUUCCCAUGAUGAAUACUUUUAUCUACAGCUUGAGAAACACGGAUAUUAAAGCAGCCUGGAGAAAAACUUUACAGAGAAGGAAGAUUUGCUCUGAAACUAAAACGCUUUGCACCUGA